CAAUCCAGCCAAUGGAACAGUUUUCGUCUGCUGCCAAGUGGCUCAUAUGUUGUGAUGUCUUCAGCUUCGUGAUUCGGAGUUUUGCGGUGUCACAGCUCUGUAUUUAUAACGUCGUGGAGAAUUUGGAAUGAGGAUGGAAAUCGAAGUAAAAGUAUUCACAUUGAACUGCUGGGGUAUCCCGGUCAUCAGCAAGCACAGACAUGAGCGUAUGGCUACCAUUGCAAGCUAUCUCGCCGUAUCUGACUUCGAUUUUGUGUUCCUUCAAGAGCUUUGGAGCCAAGAGGACUUCAAUACUGUCCAUUCAAAAACAAGCCACAAUCUGCCUUAUGCUCAUUAUUUCCACAGCGGUGUCUUGGGCAGCGGCGUGUGCAUACUGUCGAAAAGCCCUAUCAUUGACACGGGCAUGCUCAAGUACACCCUCAAUGGAUAUGCCCACAAAUUUUACCACGGUGACUGGUUCGGGGGAAAGGUCGUCGGCCUCUGUAAGGUCAUUCAUCGUGGCCUCUCCUUCAACCUUUAUGUCACCCACCUUCACGCCGAGUACAACCGCCAGUGGGAUGUCUACUUGUCGCACCGCAUCUCUCAGUCUUUCGAGCUGAGCCAGUACGUGAAGCUGACGAGCGACAUGUGCGACGUGGCCAUAUUAGCGGGCGAUCUCAACACAGAACCGCUGGAUCCCCCGUACAACAUCAUCCUACACAACACUAAUCUUGAAGAUGCUUUUGUUGCCCAGGACCUGGGGCCUGACAUGUUUUGCAUGGGAGCAACUUGCGGACAUCCCGACAAUUACUACACGAGCAAAGCGGAAAAGAAUGAUUGUCCCACGGGGAAGCGCAUCGACUAUGUCAUGUUCAAGGUCGGGAAAGGUGUAGUAGCCAAUUGCAAGGUGUGCCGAAACCCCACUGAAAAGACUCCGUCCGGUCUGCCCCUCUCGGAUCACGAAGCCGUGGAAGUUACGUUAAAGGUUGGAAAGUCGAGCGAAGUCGGCACUCCUGUAUCGUGUGGCUCGAUAUCGCCCAGCAAGCUAGUUGGCACCUGCACCCCUGCUCUGGUGGACGCUCUGCACCGUGGCCAGGAGCAGCUGGGUCGCUCCCUGGAUGGCCUCUACCUGGACAAGUUGUUCUAUGUCCUUGCAGGAUGCUUCAUCACCUGUGUGUUAGCCGGAACAAUGCCUAUACAGCUGUCACUGGCGUACCAGUGGAUCCUCGUCCUAAUACGUACCUUUGCGGCCAUGUCGCUCGGGUUUUGCUUCAUGAUGGGUUUCUUCUGGAACGCCAUGGAACGCAGUUCCCUGUUGUCCGCCCGCAAGUCAAUGCGGUUGUUGUAUGAUGCGUUUGUGAAGGAGGUCGCGAACUACGGUGGUUACCCGUUAAACGAGACUCCUACGGGCAAGCUUAUCGAACAGGGAGACCUGAGGGUGUGAGUCAGCACCAGUGCAUUACAGGCAGUGCUCUCUCGAGUUGACGAAGAACUGGCAGGGACUAAUAUAACUAAACAGGUAUUAUUUUUUUAUUCAGGACGAUUGCAACAUAGGAGGGCCAAACGAUACUUAUUUUUUACUAUUUUCUUUAGAGAUAGUGGUCUCGUAUCAUGGUGAUGCAAUGGGAGUUUUGGACUGGGUUUUGCGUUAGUGCUUAUCGCAUUGUCGUCUGGGUGUGGAUGCAAACUACUUUGUCAUUACGUAAUGGCAGUGACAGUGUUUGUAUUGCAGAGGAGCCGGCCAGUUUGGAAUGCAGGCGGUGCCUGGUUCUUCUAUUCUGGCAUAUUCCAAUGAUGUGCCAGUGCAGCACAUUCAGUUAUUUUCGUAUUGUACAUCAGUUACUGGAAAAUUCCAUCAGCUGGAAAACAUUGUGUUGUUAGGAACGACAGUGUAGCAGUUUUUAAUCCCAUGUACUUCUAGUCUCGAGGUUACGACCAAUAUGUUCCUAACAUCUUAGAAUACACCUUCCACACGAUAUUGAUCAACGACCAUUUUGUGACGUCUUCAUCCAUUGCUCCAGGCUUUGCUCAUGGGAUGUCUUGCCCACACUUUCAAUACAUUUUAGACAUGCUACAUUGUGUCAUUCUGUCUGUUAAACAGUCAUAGGUAUCUUGCACAUAGCAUAUAUGGAGAUGUCAGUUUUAUAACACUGCCUUCAUUUUUACGCUCGACAAUAAAGGACUUCUACAUAAUUCAA